CGAACUGAAAUUGUUUUUACUCUAAAAAAACGCACCAGGACAAUACGAACCUCGUUUGUGCCAAUACCAAAUGGAUGAUCCCUAUCAGCUGAACAUAACAAUAUCGUGGGGGAACGGCUUGGUUGGAUUUGGUGGCCACGCCAGAAAGGGAAACAGAAGAGACAAGGAAGAGAUUUGCAGUUGAAGUAGCAGUGGUUUGCUUACAGAAGACACAAUAACCCUCAGGGAAGUUAGGCCAAAGGUUAGUUUUCCUCCUGGUUCGCCUCUUUCUUUUCACUUGGAAUCAAAGCAAAGGUUAUUUUUUUCCCCAAUGGAUUUUACUUUUCAUCUCCCCUUUGUACCCCCCUUCUAUAUAUCUCCUUCAAUACCCACCUGAGUUUUUCAGUUUUUGUAUAUGUUGCUUGCUUUUUUGGGAGGUGAAUUCUUUAUAAAAGUGUGGGCCUUUGUUAGUUUUUACCGGUUGCUUUGCUAUCUGGAGAUGGGUUUUUUUAUUAGUCUUGAUUUGGUGGGUUAAGAGUUUGGUUAGUGCCUGCAGAUAUGCAAGCCUACCUGGUAUUUGUUUUAUGAACUAGCGGAUCAUCAUAUAUUGAUGAUCAUCAGUUUCAUAUCAUUUGUUCUAAAGGAUUGCAUCUAAUUGUUGGUACCAUGUAAAUUUUGUUUGAGAGUUAGAAAUUUGGAAUCAUGAUACCAGAUACUCUUUUCAACCAGAUUCAAUGUGUAAUUCAAGCACACCAGUUCCGUUUUCAUCAAAUCCUCUUGGGGAAGAACAUAGGAUUGCUUUAGGUACACGUAAUAGGUUUCCUCGUGACCCAUCUUCUUCUAUCUUGUUAAAAAACCGCGAUGAGGAUAUCUAGGGCGAGGUGGUUUAACUUCUUGAGAAGAGUUUUUCAUUACCAAAAUGGAUCAAGGUCUGAUCUUGGAUCCAACCCUUUUAAUUCCAGUACUUGGAUGAUGCUGGAGUUCUUGGCUUUGGUUAUUCAAAUAAGCAUCAUUUCAUUCACUUUGGCUAUUUCAAAGGAAGAGAGGCCUAUUUGGCCUAUGAGAAUGUGGAUUGUUGGAUAUGAUAUUGGUUGUCUCCUUAGUUUGUUACUUCUUUAUGGGAGUUAUCAUCAUCUUCACCUAUCUCAAGCAGAUCGUUUUGGCCUUUCCGACAUCGAACAACAAAGAACAAAUGAAGAAUCAAGGAGCUCACAUUUGAUGAAUAGAUACCGGACUUCACUAGAGCUGUUCUUUGCAAUAUGGUUUGUAAUGGGAAAUGUCUGGGUGUUUGAUUCUCGAUUUCGAUCCUUCCAUCGAGCUCCGAAUCUCCACGUACUUUGUAUCUCAUUGUUAGGUUGGAAUGCUCUGAGCUACUCUUUCCCAUUCCUGUUGUUCCUACUCCUAUGUUGUUGUGUACCACUUAUCAGCAGCCUCCUAGGUUACAACAUGAACAUGGGUUCUAUCGACAGAGGAGCAUCUGAUGAUCAGAUCUCCAGGCUGCCUAGUUGGAGAUACAAAGAAAUCAACUCCAGCUUAGAGCUCGAUCAUGAUUCGGACUGCUAUACAAGCCGGGCAAAUGAAGAUCCGGAGUGCUGCAUUUGCCUAGCCAAUUAUAAAGACAAAGAAGAAGUGAGGCAGUUGCCAUGUUCCCACAUAUUUCACCUCAAGUGUGGAUCAAUGGCUCCGAAUUAUAUCUUGCUGUCCUCUUUGCAGACGACAACUGUACACAUAGACAAAGAAAGAUAAAAACUAUUACUUGGAUUUUAAAUACAAGUACGUUCCAACAUUUUAAGAAGAACGAAGAGUUGGAACAACGUAAGAAAUAAAA